GCUUCACAUGGGUUGGAAAGGUUUUUCGGAGUUGUAUGUUUGGAAUGGAGGUGACUAAAAAAACAUUUUAUUUUUCUAUAUAGACACCCUAUUUGAUUUUUAAGAUAUUUUUAUUGGUUGAAUUUAUAUUAUUUUCUGAAAAGGUAAAUUAUAAAUAGGUUAUUAUAGGUUGACUUUUAAUAAAUAUGUUCAUAAGGUGUCUAAAGAAGGUUAAUCUAGCAACACCCAUUUGGAAUUUAUGGUUCUUUGCAUGUAGGUUGUUGUUUAUUAUAUAUAGAAAAUUCUUGCUUUCUUGCAUUAUAUUAAAAUCUGAUACAGAGAAUGUGCAAAAAUACAUCUUGUGCAUACUUUAAGCAAUUUAAUUUCCAACUUCAAAGAAAAAACAAUUUAAUUUCACAAAAAAAAAAACGACAAAAUAGAUAUUUUUUUUCUAUGAUAAAAAUAAGAACAAUUUAAUAUUGGUGGUUAGCUUUCCAUCAUCAAGUUUCUUCCAUGUUCUAAUGAUAAUCAAAACCUCCACCAUAACAAAGAUUAUUCCAGUCGCAAAUCAACAUAUAUUAUUCAAAUGAUUAUGACCAGUGAAAAUAGCCUUGAUAUCACAUGAUUCUACCACUAAUGGUAACGUUUCAUUCUUCACUGCUGCGAAGCAAAAAGUUGUUGCAGUUUUGCUGAUGUACAAUUAAUAUAAUAUAUUCCAACAACUCCAUUAAGUCAUUUUCUCAAAUUAUUAUGAUUUAUCCAAACAUAGCUUAAUGGGAAAACAAAGAGGAAAGAGAGUCUUACGGUGCUAAGUCAGGAUUUUUGUAAGGGAUUUCCAUCUUUUUGCACAAAGCUGGAAGCCAGACACAAUGGGAUAAUGAUGAGCAAUCACAACCAAAUGAGCCUUGUUAUUAUGAAAUUUUUGAGUUUCUAGAAAAUUAUAGAAUGAGAUACAAAAUAUUGGAUGGGUUAUAAGUGGAAUAUAUGAGAGCCAACCUACUGAAUGAGAGACGUGAUAUGGUCACUGUUUGCCAACGCUUGUCGAAGUUGGGAUUUUUUUUCACAAAUCGAAAACAUCAUCGCCUCAAUGCCAAAAAAAUAAAAUAAAUAAAUAAAUAAAUAAUGGAACCCAAACGAAGGAAGAUUAGGGCAAACAAUUCCAAAUUCGUCGACCCAGCUGACCCCCAAUCCCCCCUUCAACAACAACUCGUUGUAGCAGGCUUUGGAGAGAACGUUCCAUCACCACGACAAUAUGCUAAUCAGAGGCGAGACUUCAAAAAGACAAAAAAAUAUAAACAUCUUCAAAGCAGGGACCAAAAAAAUGAACCAAUAACAACAUGGAACAUGGUGGAAGAAAGAUUUUUUUUUUGAGGGAACACUGAUGUGGGUCGAUGGCAACCUUCCCUAAAGAGAAGCCCUAUGAAUAGAGAAAGCAAUAGAUAGAAGAUGAUAAGUCGUAAGGCAGUUGAUGGAAGAAUAAGGCGGUGGAUAAUGGGUAUGGAGAAAAAUAAAAAGUUUUUUGGUGGUAAAAGGCGAUCGGAAGUGGAUGCGGUGAUCCGAAUAUCCAAGAUCAGUCGCAAAGGGAAAGAUAAAGGUGGGCAGAUCUUGGAAAAAAAAUUGAACCAAUAAGAACCUUUUACUGUUCCUAAGGGAACACAGUUUUAAUCUAUAUAUAAUUUUGAUCUUGGAUUUUGGCUAUUAUUCAACAGUUAAUAAAUUUAUGUUAAAUUUAUUACAUGAGAUACUGGCAAUAUAUGGCUAUGUGCUAUAAUGUUUUUCUAAACGAAAAAUUGAGUUCCAUAAAGCAACUCUAUGUAUUUAAACAAAAAAACAUAUUUUUUUAGAGUAAAUUAAUGAAAUCUAUCCCUGUGGUUUGGUAAAAAUUAAGCGUUUGGUCUCUAACAUUUUUUUUUGCACUGAGAUCAUUUUGUGACAUGUUUUUCAUCUUCACCCAUGGAAAGACUAUAUUGCCCUCUUUAGAGUAAAUUACUUAAAUAUUUUUUUUUCUAAUUUAUAAUAGAUUAUUUAUUAAUUUCAACGUAUGGAUCCUACCCUCCCUAUUCCCCGAUACCCUAUCCUACCCCAACGCCAUCUUCUACGUUCAUUUCCUGUAGCAUUUUUUUUCUUCACUCAUCAUCUCUCAUCUCCGGUAACAAAGUCCGACGAACACCAGAACCGCACACUUCAAUGAGCAGAACCGCACACUUCGAUGAGCACCGUAAAUCUGAUGACACCAUUGAAAUGAUUCCUUUUCCCUUUCUUUUUUGUUUUCCAUUAUUUCCUUUCUCUUUCCCUAUGUCUUCCUCCCCUGUAACCAGAAACAAAACUCAAAACUGAACUUAGUUUGAAAUGAAAAUAACUGAAGUCAACCAAAAAAAACUAAAGCUACAAGUUGAACUCAAGUUGUGAUCACCGUUGUCAUCCUCCACUGCUUCCACCAUGUAUGUCAUCGAAUACUUAACCAUAAAUCGAUACCUGAAAUCAAAACUGAGUCUAAAAAACUUACCCUGAAAUAAAAACCAAACCACUAUAAUCAGAAAUCAACAUUCUCUUCUCUGUCUCUUCAUGUUCUCCUAGUGCUGCUUAUCCACCACGCCUUUCUCGAAAUCCCAAGCCCCGCCAUCUCCUUUAUCAACUUCAAUGAGCAUAGAACUCUGACAUACUUUCUUUCACUCGUUCCUCCAGUAGAUCGUCAACGAGCACCACCACCUUCCCUACAAAAAGAACCGAUAAUCAUCACCAUCCACCGGAAACCUAGAAACCUGAACUCUAAUCCAUCAAAUCUAUAAAAAUUAAACCUUAUGCAUUCCAGAAAAAUCAACUUACCAAACCUGAUGCAAACUUCCAGACUAAUCAAACCCAUAAAAAUCCUUUAUCUUACUUGAAAUCAAAUCCACCAAACCUGACUGGCACCGUCAAUUCUAAAUCGAACCAUCGACUCUGUCAUCAAACCAGUGAUUGAACAUUGUGAUGGUGGCGUUGAUUUCAGGGAGGCGAUCUGGUGAUUGAACAAAAUGCAAAUCCGGCAGUGAAUCAAUGAUGACAUUCAUCCUCUUUCUUGUACCCCCUCCGUCCUAAAAUUAUAGUCCAUCUUUCUUUUUUGGUUUGUCCCAAAAUAAUAGUCCACUUCUAAAAAUAAAUAAUAUUUUUACCAAAAUACCCUCUCAUUAUUACUUAACCAACUAAGCAUUUAAUGGAACAUUAAAUACAAAGUAAGGACAAAACUGUCAUUUUAUUAUAUAAAGUUAAUGAUAAUUAAUGAUUUUCUUAAUCUGUGUGUUUUUUGUCUGUGGCCAAUAAUAUUGGGACAGAGGGAGUAGUACACAAGCAUCAAAAUACUACUCCAGUGAUAUCUCGUACUUCCAACCGCAAUCUAAUAGUUCUGGUGGCAGUCCGGUGGACGUCGGCUGUACUCUUCAAGAGUCGUCUCUACGAGUGAAUCAAGUGAGACGGGAUAUAGUGAAAGAAAAGUUUAUUUUUUAUUUUCUAAAGUUUAUUUAAUUAUUAAUUGAUAAAUAAAAAAUAAAAAUAAAUAAAGAGGGCAAUAUAGUCUUUUCAUGUAUGCAAGGGACGAAAAACGUAACAAAAUGAUACCACAAGACGAUCCGAGUGCAAAAAAAACGUUAGGGACCAAAUGCAUAAUUUUUACCAAACCACAGGGACGAUUUCUGUAAUUUACUCUAUUUUUUACUGUGAAGACAAGAAAAAUAUCUAAAAUACAUACUGAUUUUACGUUUAAAUUCAUAUGAAUCUGCACGUAAACUAUAUAGUAUAAGUGAUCAAAAUCAAAACAAUACAUUUUUUCACUUAGGAUGGAACAAAAAUAUAAAGUCAUACUUUUCCCAUAUAAAAACGUGCCAAUCUUUUUUAGAUGAUAUUCAGUUAAAUUUUUUGACACAAUAUUAAACUUAAAGUUAUUUAAAUAUUUUGAAGGAUUAAUAGAUUUUAAAUGGUAAAUGUCAAUUAAACGUUGAACUGUAAUUUUAAAAAAAUGGUAAAAGAAAAGCGAGGAAAUAGGGAGGAAAAAAGGGUAAACACAUUUUAAGGAGGAGCCUUUAAAGGCUGAACCUUGUUCUUAGAUAUUUGAUACAGAGACAGACGACAGAGGACAGACGUGUCAAUUCUUUCUCUGUGGCAUAGAAAUCGCGCCCAACAAACAACAAUUGAAAUAAUUCUUUUACCAUCUAUCAAACCGAUUUCAACCCUCCGUCUUCCGCAUUUCCUAUGUUAUGUAAAUCAACAACACACAAAUCCAUACACUUUCUCCAUUACUUUUCGUUUUCGUUUUCCAUCUGCCACAACUUCAUCUUCGUCGCUUUCUUUUUCUUUUGCUUUUAUAACAACAGAGAUUUCGUAGGGUUUUGUAUUUUCCAAUGUAUUGAAACAGGAAACACUGCUUGAGAGGUAAUAUUGAUUAUAUUGCACGGCAAUGUUUUUCAUAAAUUGAACGAGUCUUUUAUCUCAAUUUAAGGGUUAGUGAGAAGAUGACCGAUGUUCAACAGCAAUUUCCACAGAAGCCUGAGACCGCUGCUGCUACCACUACCGAUGCUUGUUUGGAUUUCGAAAGAAGAUUUGAGGAAUUAAUGAGGGGGCAAUUGGAUGAUUGUAUGUCAUUUGCAUCAUGCAGCUCCCCGCGGGGUGACGAUGACGACGAGACUGAGAUUGGUGGUGAUCAGCUCAUGAGAAGGAGGAGGAGGUCGGAUCUUGAAGGUGAUGAUCUGGCAGAGUCAUCAGCUGCCAGAAGACGUCACUCGCGGAUUUUAAGCAGAUGGGCUGCCAGGCAAGCACAGGAAAUGAUUGCCACAACAGAGAGGAGAAACCGUGAGUCUGAGUUAAUGGCACUUGCUGGUUUGCAUACUGUUUCCAUGUUGGAUUCCUCAUUCUUGAGGGAGUCUCAGUCUCAGUCUUCUUCUCCUACCUCCAGAGGGAAUGCUGAGAGACCGAGAACACGUGCAUCUUCCAUCUUACAGAUGUGGAGAGAGUUGGAAGAUGAACAUGUACUGAACCGUGCACGUGAAAGGGUAAGAGUGAGACUCAGACAUCAGAGGAGUGUUGACUCGAACACAAAUGUUUCAAGCACCACAGAAGGCAGAGGGAGUGAACAUCAAGGUAGUGAGAAUGAGUAUGGAAGUUGGUCACACGAUCAGAUGGAAGCACGGAACGAGAGUCAAGACAACGAGGUGUCUAGCCGGGAACAAACUCCUGAUAUAGGUGAGGUGGAAAGGGAGAGGGUGAGGCACAUUGUUCAAGGGUGGAGGGAGAGUGGUGUGAGUGGAACAGAUAGGGGUAGUAGUAGUAGUCCAAGAGCAGAAUGGCUUGGGGAAACUGAGCGUGAAAGAGUGAGGAUUGUGAGGGAGUGGGUACAAAUGACUAGUCAGCAGAGGGGAUCUCGUAGGGAGGAGCAAGGUGGUGAAGGGCAGCCAGAGCAUAUACGAAGGGAUAUGCUGAGGCUGCGUGGUAGACAAGCUCUACUUGAUUUACUUAUGAGGGUUGAAAGAGAACGCCAGAGGGAACUUGAGGGUUUGAUUGAGUAUCGUGCAGUUUCUGAUUUUGCACAUCGGAACCGCAUUCAGUCGUUACUGAGGGGCAGAUUUUUGCGAAACGAAAGACCCGUAGAGGAUGAGAGACCAUCUUCAGUUGCAGCAAGUGAGCUGGUUCAGUUGAGACAACGAAACACAAUCUCUGGUUUAAGGGAAGGUUUUAGGUCCAGAUCAGAGAACAGUUCUUCACAGGAGAUCACGGAACAUGAAGACCAAGAACAAUCAGAAAUAUGGGUGGAGGAAAGCGAGAUUCAUCAGGUGAUGGUGAGUGAUCGAACAGGAAGUUUGGAGAGCAUUGCAGCUGUUGAGAGCACAAAUGAAGAAGUGAAUAUUGAUGAAGGAGAGGAGUGGCGAGACCAGGUUGUUGAAGAUGAGAGAGGAGAGUGGCAGGAGGAGGUAAGCUAUAACGAUUGGCCUCAGGAGGCGACUUCAGUUAUUACUGAUGGAGAUGGUGCACAUGAGGUUGAGAAUUGGUCAGAAGGAGCUUCUGAUCCACCAAGAAUGCUACAUUCUGGUAGUGUUAGGCGACCCAAUAGGUUUCACCCACCAGAAGAUGAUAACGUGUACAGCAUGGAACUCAGGGAACUUUUAAGCAGGAGAAGUGUUUCUAAUCUUCUUCGUAGUGGUUUCCGUGAGAGUUUGGACCAGUUGAUACAAUCGUAUGUGAACAGACAAGGUCGUGCACCCAUCGAUUGGGAUCUUCACCGGAAUAUACCGACCCCAGCUUCACCAGAGGGUGAGCAGGAACAACAACAGCACAGGGACAGGGACAGGGACGGACAGGUUUUAGCAUCUCCUCCUCCUCCUGUCCCCCCACCACAACCAAUCUGGCAUCAUUUGCCUUAUUCCAGUUGGUCACGUCACAGCAUGCAUCAGCAUCGCUCUGAACUCGAGUGGGAGAUGAUUAAUGAUUUGAGGGCAGAUAUGACGAGGCUACAACAGGGGAUGACCCACAUGCAGAGGAUGCUCGAGGCUUGCAUGGACAUGCAACUUGAGCUUCAACGCUCUGUCAGACAGGAAGUUUCGGCUGCUUUGAAUCGGUCGGAGGGCGGUGCUCAAGGUAUUGAUGCGGAAACAUCAGAAGAAGAUGGAUCAAAAUGGGGUCAAGUCAGAAAAGGAACCUGUUGUGUUUGUUGUGAUAGCCAGAUUGAUUCUUUGUUGUACAGAUGUGGGCACAUGUGUACUUGUUCAAAGUGUGCAAAUGAGUUGAUUCGUGGAGGGGGGAAAUGUCCAUUGUGCAGGGCACCCAUUGUUGAGGUCAUCCGAGCUUACUCCAUACUGUAGUAGUGUAAACAGAGACAGCAAACUCAAACUGACCCAAACAAAUUCUUUGUGUUCUCUCAUCUCUAGAGAUUAGAUAACUGAGAGUGCUUCAUUUUUGCCUCACUACUGUUGUUGUACUGAAUGAUUAUUGCGCACUUGUUGUAUAAUUGGAAUAACAUGUAUGUGGCUCCUUUUCAUUCCUUCAUUGCUGCGGCGUAAUAAAGUUAAAAGUUACAUAGUAAAA